AUGAUGUCUUACGCAACAGCAAUCAUCACAAUCCUACUAGCUGUGAUAGUGAAUGCGCUCCAGGCCAACUCGUACAGUGCAGCUUUACCAUCAUUAAAGUACAGGAGCAUUAGGGGGAACGCUACCGUCUGUCAACUGAUGCGGAACGCUUCCCCUCGAGAAUUUUCAGCAGAGCACCCUCCUGUUCACAGCGCAAUUGCAGUGUUUUCUAUUCCCUGGGACGGGCCUGCCGGAAUGGCGAGAAAUUAUGACCUUUCCAGCUGGGAGCAGGAGGAAGCACUAGAUUUGCUCAGAUUUUACACGGAGAGCUACUAUGGCUCCAGGAGAAACGACGUAUGCCGCAAUGUUGACUUUAAGCGCCGCCUGUUGAGCAAUUCACUAAACCGGACGAAUAGCAACAAUUUGCUAACAGGGUUCUCAUCAGGCGGGCGGAAAGACGAAAAGUAUGUUUGCCCAAAUCAAGACCACGAAGUACCCGUGGAAAAGCCUCCAUCUAAUACUCCAAAGUCUUGCCGUGGUUAUUUCUCCCUUACUAUUUUCGGCGUAAACCUGCAUGUGUCCUUCAAUUGCGAUUCUAGUUCAAAGAAUCGCUGCAAUAAACGGAACUGUUAUGAGGGAAAGAUCCAAAACUGA